AUGGAAGUAUAUGUUGACGAUAUACUCAUCAAGUCCCUCCGAGAUGCCGAUCUCUAUGCAGACAUAGAGGAAACUUGUCAGAUGCUCCGCGCAUACGAAAUCAAGCUGAACCCGAGCAAAUGUUUCUUCGGCGGAAAGGGUGAAAAAUUUCUCGGUUAUAUCGUCACCGAACGGGGCAUCGAGGCAAACCCCAGUAAGGUAAGGGCGUUGCAAGAUAUGUCGCCGCCAAGGAGUCUGAAGGAAGCUCAGCACCUCACCGGUCAUAUAACUGCCUUAUCUCAGUUCAUCUCCAAGUCUGUCGACUGGAGCCUUCCUUUGCUCAAGAUACUGUGCCGAGCUACCAAGUUCCAAUGGGAUGAAGAGUGCGACCAUGCAUUUGAAGAGCUAAAAGCAUAUCUAAAUUCCUUGCCUGUAUUGGCUAAACCAACUGCCGGCGAGCCGCUUCGCAUUUAUUUGCCCUCGAUCGAGCACGAUGUCGGCUCGACGUUGGUAUCUCUGGUGGCGCACAUCGACCGAAUGGAAGAACUCACCUUCCCAAACCAUUGGAGGACACCGCUGAUAGAAUUCUUGCGAUCGGGAACUACGCUGUCCAAUCAGGAGGAAGUCCACCUAUUGAGAAGGAGGGCAGGAAGAUUCAUGCUGAUUGGGGAUCAAUUGUACAAGAAAGCUUUCUCCCGACCCCUACUCAAAUGCGUCGGGCCAGAGGACAUCGACUACAUUCUGCGGGAGGUGCAUCAAGGAACUUGCGGAGGACACCCAGGCGGUCGGUCAUUGGCUAGAAAGAUACUGCUGGUCGGAUAUUUUUGGCCAACCCUCCAAGCAGAUGCCGCUCAGACAAUGUCCACCUACUUGUCCUACCAGAAGUACCACAGCCUCUCGCACCGAACCACAGAGGAGAUGAAGGCGGCCAUAGUAUUCUGUCCGUUAGACCAGGGGGGCAUGGAUAUAGUGGGGUCCUUCCCCAUGGCGACCGGCCAACGAAAGUUCCUGCUCGUAGCAGUAAACUACUUCUUCAAAUGGGUCGAGGUCGAGCCGCUCGUGAGAAUAACCGAGCAGAUGGCGAUCCGCACGAUUCCAAAGGAGGGGACGGGAGUGAUCUCGUUUCACUUGGUUUAUGGUGGCGAAGCAGUCGUCCCCGUUGAAGUCGGAGUUGAAUCCGAUCAGGUGCAGCAGUAUAGCGAGGACAACGCCGAGCAGAGACUCCUGGAGCUGGACUUGGUGGAUGAGGCGCGCGGCAAAGGAGCCGUUCGGCUGACAACCUACCGACAGAGGAUGCGCUAG